AUGCUGACUGUGCUGACGCGCGGCCCGGAGGGCGAGUGGCAGGAGUACCGCACCGUGCAGCUGCCGUCGUCGACGGUGGCGGCGCUGGACGGCGAGGUGGCCGCCGACGCCGCCGUCGCGGCGACUCAGGACCCGUCGGGCGUCACGCCGCCGGCCGACGCCGAGGCCACGGGCGAGUCGACGCCGAACGGCGACGACGUCGGUCCGACGGCCGCCGGCCCGACGGUGGAGGCGCCGGCCGCGCCGCCGCCGACGACCGCCGCUGUCGACCCGCUGGCGACGCCGGCAACGGCGCUCGGCGACGCUGGGCCCUCCGCCGUCGCCGGCGACAACAGCAACAGCCUGCCUUCCACCGUCACCUGGCCGUCUGCGCCGACCGGCUCGACGCCCGUGUCGUGGUCGACGCAAACGCAUGGGGCGUUCUCGUCGGCAGCGCCCGACGCGAAGACGACGCCGUCGACGGGCGACGGGGGGGACUUCUCGACGACGGGAGCGGCUGUCGUGUGGCCGACGGCGCCGUCGGCGCUGCCCGGGCCGCAGCCGCCGACGGCCGGGUCAGCCACGGAGCCGCCGACGGAUCCCCGCGGCACGCCGACGCCGUCCGCGCGCCCCUCCACCGACGACGUCAAGUUUACGUCAUCGACGCUGCCGACGGCGCCGCCGGAGGAGGGUAAGGCGGGCUCGUCGCACGCUCCGUCGACGACGCCGUCCACAGGGAGCACGGCUCCAAAGCUGGCGCCGCCGCAGCCGACGGCCGCCGGCGCGUCGACCACGACGGAGUGGUCUCUUCCGGAGGUCAGCACGCAACCGGAGGCGACUGAGACGACCUGGGAGGCGCCCACGUCCACGGGGCCGCCCGAGACGACGUGGGGGACGACACCCGAGACGGAUGAUAAAGGAGGGGAGACGGCGAAGAUCAGGCUGCACGAGACGUCACCCCCUACCGUGAUCAACUCGACAUGGUCUGGUGACGAGAGCACCAAAGGCACUACCGGCUACAGCACCGGCGCGGACGGCUACACCACCAGAGACUACGACGGGUACACAUCCAGGGACUACGGCGAUUACACCACCAGCGGCUACGACUACACUACGAGCGACUUCGGCAACACCAGUGAUUAUCUCACUGGAUCUAGCGCCAUCCCUACAUCCCCGGGCGGGUACACUACCGGCCCUAGUGCAUUUCCUAGCAGCGGUAGUGGUGGUCACGCAACUGGGACCAAUUACACCACAGGUUACCCUGCUGACGGUUAUACUACUGAAACGAGUGGUUACCGCCCUACUGGCGACAGUGCCUUCUCGUCAAACCAUAAUUACACAACAAGCGGAACUGGCUUCACAUCGGGCACCAGUGGUGACGCCAGCGGCGCCGGGUACUACCCGAGCACGACCAGCGGCUACCCAGCCAAAAUCAACUACACCACUGGCACCACCGGCUACACCACAGACGCCAGUGGCGGCGGCACCGGCCCCACCGGUUUCACCGGAGAGACGACCGGCUUCAGCAGCACAGGCUUCACCACCGCGUACCCGACCGACACCACCAGUUACGGCACCACCAGCGGCGGCACCAACCGACCGUCGAGCACCCUGCAGCCGCCGGCCGUCACCAGCGGCACUACCAGCGGCACCACCAGCGGCACCACCAGCAGCACCAGCACCACCAGCACCACCACCAGCACCACUAGCAGCACUACGACGACCAGCCGGCCGGCGAGCAGCUCACGGCCGCCGGGCAUCACGCACAGCUCAGUGGUGCCACCUGUCGAGCUGUACGUGCAGUUCCUGAUCGCUGCAACCUGGCCACAGUUCUGUAAGCUGCGCCACAGCUUCCAGCAGCAGGUGGUCGACAUGCUCAACAAGGACACGCAGAGCAACCUGACCGCGCAGAACGCGGUGCUCUUCAACAUUCCGCUCUGCGGCGGCCCGGCGCAUGCGCGGCGCCGCUCGGCCGCCAUCUUGGUGUUCCUGUACGUGACGGACGCGGCCGGCCGCUACCACCGCCCUCUGACGGAGCGCGUGGAGCCGCUCUGGGAGGCGGGCGAGGGCGGCCCGAUGGCGCGGCUCGUGCGGGAGGUGGACACCAUCCGCCCCAGCCACCCGGCGUUGGCGGCAGAGCCGGAGGGUUCCGACCGCGCCGGCGUCAUCGCCGCCAUCACCGUCGGCUGCGUGGCUGUGGCCAGCCUGGUGCUGCUGGCCGUCCUGCUGGUGGUCGUACGGCACCGGCGCCGCGCCGCGCAGGCCGCCCAGCGCUGCAACCCCGUCUCGAUGGAGGAAUACGGCGUCGAGUCUGUCUUCAGCUCGAUGAGGCGCAAGAACAAGCUGCGCCGCUCGGUGCGCUCGUACCUGAACCACGCCUUUGACGAUCACGACGCGCCGUCCAACGCCGUCAACUUCGCCGGCCUGGCCAACCUGUCCGGCGACCUGGCCGCCCUCAAAGAGGAGUUUGACUCCAUACCCACCGGGGUGAUGCCGACGUUGGACGACCUGCCGGCCGGCAGCGAGGACAAGAACCGCUACGCCAACGUGCUGCCGGUGCCCGAGACGCGCGUCGUGCUGGAGCAGAAGACCGGCGCCCCCAAUAGCGACUACAUCAACGCCAACUACGUCCGGGGACCUAAGGAGGAGUCCCAGUUCUACAUCGCCACCCAGGGCCCGCUGGAGUCGACCGUCAACGACUUCUGGCGCAUGGUCUGGGAGACGCAGUCCAAGGUCAUCGUAUGCCUCACCGACAUCGUUGAAAGAGGCGUGCGGCGCUGCGCCGAGUACCUGCCGCCGUCCGAGUCCUUGGACCGCCACCGGCUCUACGGCGACUUCCAGGUCACGCUCAUGGCUAAGGUCAAGAAGGACAAGUACGUGGUGUCCACGGUACAGCUGAAGAACAUGGACAGUAACUUGUUCCGGGAGGUGACGCAUCUCUGGUACUCGGGCUGGCCCGAGCGAGGGGUGCCCUCCGACCUCGACUCGAUGGUGCAGUUUAUCCAGGAGGCGCGCCGCGCAAUGAAGACCAACAUCGGCCCCACUGUGGUCCACUGCAGCCCGGGCACCGGCCGGACUGGCGUCAUGCUGGCCUGCGACAUCUGCGUGCGCCAGUUCGAGACGUCCCGCUCGGCCGACAUCAUGCGCGCCGUGUUCCGACUGCGCCAGGAUCGCGCCGGCGCCGUUCAAACGCGCGAGCAGUACGCGCUCAUUUAUAAGGUUCUGAACCAGUACGCUGCGAGCGUCACCAGCGGCAACCUGCCGGCUCUGGAAUGAAGACGAGCGCUAGCGAGCGGACCUUGUCGGCGAGGCGCGUUGUGAUGUAGUUCGUUCUGCGGGCUACCAGGAGGCGCCGCGGUCGCCUGCGAGUGGGCGGCCCGGGUCGCCUUCGGUGCGGCUUCUGACGUCUCGAGACCGCGCGAGACGGCCGGAGGGGACGGCGGCAGCGUCUGUCUCGGAGACCCCGGGUGCGGAUGCCGCCAGUGGUGACAGGAACGAACGGAUGCCAGGAGAGCGCACGUGGACUGCACUGGCAGACCCUCUCCCAGUGAUCAGGACGGGACCAAGGCGCGCCGGGCGAUCAGCAGCUGUUUUACCUCCGAUUCUCGCUCAUGGAUCGGCGUGAUAGAUGGCGCCACCUAUACCGCCAGCGACAAGGCACGUGGCGCUAUCUGCAGUCUGCCGGUGGCGCCCGUCUUCGGGAGGUGCAUCAGCCAGACCGUGCCUAGUUAGACUUAUCGUUGUCAGAUGUUGACAGCCACACGCCGCUGUGAUAACUGGCUACUUAUGGGGUGCUGGCAUUGCCAGGCGGUAUCUAAUACAUUUCUAC